AUGGCCCGUCGCAGGGUGGGAUGGGGACUUCGAAGGCACAGCAGCAGACACACCCGACGGACGACAGGACACAGCAGGAAAAUCUUUGCACUACACAAGAUGCUUCAAAGGCUGGGCCUCACGAAGGCGUCAGUCAAUGGCGCCAAUGGCACGGAAGGCGCCAAUGGCGAAGCCAAGAGAGAGGUGGUAUCUGUGCCCCCAGUGGAGGAAUUCGAACAAGCUCGCUUCUUGAAGUCGUUCGGAUUCGGGGACGUCGUGGAGGUACGCGGCUUGGCGGUGGCGGUGCCAGAAGGCGUCGUGGUUGAGCUCAAGCAGCCGCAAAGCGGCUUCGUGUUCCAGAAGCACGGCGAUCGAACUCUCCUGGAGGAAGUCGAAGCCUUGAAGGUGGAAGAAGGCGACUGGUGGUACCGUGUCGUGCAUCCCGCCGGCGCUCGGUUCGCAAAGAUCCCCAGCUUGCUGCCGCAGACCCCGCGACACACGAUCGCUGUGCCUCAGAACACCGUGGUCCAUGCGUGCCGAAGGCACACGCCCCCCGGGAGCAGCGUGACGUUCGUGGAGCUGUCGGACAACAAGGGCUGGAUUGUUGAGUCCACCAAGGAGAAAGCGGUGCUCGAACAGUCUUCGGACGGAAAGUACAUGGUGGAGAACAUCACAGGGCACUACCGGGAUGACUCCGAGGCGUGGUACCAGGUGGUGGACGAGUCUGGCGUAGAGCUGCUGGAGGCACCAGACGCUGGCAGCACCAGAAUGCUAGAGCUGUUCCUGCCGGGGAAGGCGUUCUGCGUGUCGGAGCGGUUUCAGCCCCCCGAGCAGGGUUCCACGUUCCUAAAGGUUAAGGGUAGGGAGGCGUGGGUUGUGCAGCGGGCUGAGAGCGAUGGCGAAGAAGCCUGCAAGAAGCUUCCCCCUCCGAUGGACGAGGCGGUGGAGCAGUGGUACCGCGUGCAGUACCCGGGAGGGGUUCGGUUGCGAGCAUCCCCUGCCUUCGAGCACACCGACCCCUCUCUCGGGGUCCUCGUGUGCGGGUGGGUGUUCCUAGCGACAAGGCGUUACCGUGCACCGGGGAGCAGCCACAUGCUGUUGCAGGUAGCCACGCCAGAGGGCGUCGUGCGAGACUCUUCCUCCGAGUAUGGGGAGACCGUUGAUGUGUACGGCAGCAGCAGUGAUGACAGCGAUUGGGACAAUGAGGACGAGCUUGAGCAAGCAAGAAGAGGGGCGAGGCGGCACUGCGGUUGGGUACCGUCCACUUCCAACGGGGAAGAGGUCGUCGUAGACGAGACCCUGCUGGCAAACACCGGGCCGCACGUUAACGCGCCAGGAAGCCCGCAGCAGCUUCCCCCUUACAGCGUGGCCGCUGCGGCCACGUUCUUGGAGACGGGCGACGGUCUCGAGGGCUUCGUGCAGCUGGCGGGGACGGGGAGCUGGGUCCUUUCUAGGCGCGGCCAAGACACCAAGAUGGUGCGCCUCCCGGCCUUCCCGAGAGUCGACAAGACCCCGAGACGUUUUGUCGUGUCGGCGCCCGGCGGUGUCGAGACCGUCGUUGGACCGAGCCCCUCGGCCCCCCGCACGGGGCAGCUGCUGCCCCUCGGAGCGGAGGGUAGCUCGGAGAUGGUGUGGUCGGUCAAGGGCUGGCCCGGGGACAGGGGGGUGGGGGACAGGAGGUUCGUUCUGCUGGAAGGGAUGGGGUGGGUGCAGCUGGAUGCCGGGACCGAGCAGGAGGGCGGGCCGUUGCGGGAGAUCGGCGCGCCUCCGCCGCCGCCGCAGCCGUCGCCUUUCGACGGGACUAGGGAGGGCGCGGUUGACGAGCAGCGGCAGCAGGAGGAGAACGGGUCUUCGAGCCCUUGA